GCACAUGUUACACGUUAGUAACAAGCCACGUCUCCUCACUUCACCGUACGUACGUGACAACAUAACUCUCCACGACACGCAUCUACAUACGUUUGAAAGAGAAAAAGUGCUCCCAAUUUAAUUCUUUUUACUAACAAUAAUGUGUUUUAUUAUUAUCAAUUUGAAAAUUGAGAAGAGAAAUGAACAAGAAAGAGAUUGAAAAGUGGAUUGGAGGAGAUGAGAGUGCCUCGGAGAUGCUGAGUAGAGUGAGCAGCAUGCGACCUUUCUUGUUUCCUCCGCCGCUCCACAGGGUUCCUCUCCGCGUCGGAAACGUCGUCGAGCUUGUGGGGCCCUCUCCUUCCGCCAAAACGCACAUUCUCAUCCACGCCGCCAUCACUUCCGUUCUCCCCAAAUGCUACGGAGGCCUCGACCACUUGGUCCUCUUUCUCGACCUCGAUUGUCGCUUCGACAUUGCGCGCUUCUCCCAAUUGCUCAUUCAUCGCAUUACCCAACACGGAACGGAUUCUUAUGAUAAAACGCUGUAUGCUCUCUGUAUGGCCCGUUUUUUGUACGUCCGUUGUUACGACAGCUUUGAAUUUCUUCACACUCUCAGGACAUUGCAUUGUCGCUUAGAGAAGGAGAAAGAAGUUCACGGAGUUGGUGUCCACCUCCUCAUGAUUGACAGCAUCGGAGCUUUUCAUUGGAUGGAUCGUGCAUCGAUGUUCUUGUCUCAAAGAGAAAACAGCAAGAAUAUGGAGGAAGGAUGUUCAAAAAAUGUGGCAAGAAACCAUCAAAAUUUCCAGUAUCGUGAAUACAUGCCUUCUGUCUGGCAGUCCUUUGUUACACACAGAAUACUUGUACGAUCUUCAGAUGAGCAUCCUGUUACAACCAAUUAUCAAAACUCUUCAUUCUAUUUGUUGGAAUGGUUAUUGCCAAGAUUGAGUUUUCCGGAUAAGAUUGUAGUGAAAGAUGCUGGUGUCUUUGUUGAUUCAUGAAGCACUUGUUGCAAAGGGAUGCCUAUAUGUAAUCCAUUAUCCUUCUUUCAGUGAUGGGUAACUAAAUUAUUGUGUCUUGUCUCUUCUGAACUUUCUAAAUAUACGCUUGUCAGUAUCAUUAUUACUUAUUUUCUUUCAAAUUUUUUAUUGCUUGAUUGUUAGUUGAUGUAAUACAGAUUCACUAGAAAAACUUGAGUGAAAAGAAUAUGCAUUUGAUACUUCUUGACUGGGCUUAAUAUUAUGACGUAGAUAGGAUCCAAAUCAAGUUAUUGUCAAGAUCCAUUUUUGUCUGAGGUUAAGUUAUUCUUAUGUGCUGUCACAAGAGAAGCAAAGGAGGAAUAUUAUUCCACCUAGUGUUUUCUCGGCUUAGAGCAUUUGAAAUGUAAUCAUUGGGCAAAUUUCAAUCCCUCCAGAUAAACCUAUGGGAAGCUUCAUGGGCUUUCACGAGGUGGUGAUUGAUGGGAGGAUCCAUACUCUUAGAUUACAAGAACCUAUUUCAGAUGUGGCGUGGAUCAAAAGAAGGAUCUAAUAUUGUCAACCUGACUCAAGAAAACUUCUAGUACUCAUACUUGAUAGUUGAAUUUUGUUUGCCCUCCACAUCCUUUUCCGGUCAUGAUUUUGCUUACAUUCUUCAUAUCUGUAACUUGCCAGUGUCUGCACUGUAAAAUUCCGAUGCUUCAUAGUUCAUAUCAUGAGUAGUUUGUAUGCGAAUAUGACAUUUUUUGUUAAGGAAAAUAUCUUUCUAUUA